AAUGACGUUUGUUUUGUUUUUAAUAUUUGAAUAGCGUAGUAUUACUGCGUAGUUUGACGUUGAACGCUGUUUUAUUUUUUACACCGGGGAGCUACUUUGCCCAACCGUUGUUGCUUACUGCUGACUUGCAACAACUGACGACAGGACUAUACACAUACCUGCAUACUUGCUGAUAAUUGUUUUACAGAAUCUACCUCAAGUUUUAUUGAGUUGAAAUAAUAAACAUGGGAAAGAAAACUGCCAAGCCCCAAGAAGAAGUUCCCACUCCAAUAGAAGAAGAGGAAGAAGAAGAAGUUUAUGAGGUUGAAAAGGUUUUGGACAAAAGACUUGUCCGAGGAAAGACACAAUAUCUCAUCAAAUGGAAGGGAUUUUCACUGUAUGAUAAUACCUGGGAACCACAAGACAAUCUUGAUUGCCCAGAUCUCAUGCAGAAACGAAACAAAAUCUGCAAAAAAGAAAAACCUUCACAGAAAUCUGAUGAAAAGAAACGUAAGCACUCACAAGCACAAUCGGAAAAAAGCGAAUCAAAAAAAUCCAAGACAGAAAAUGAUGAAGUGAGACCUCAUGGAUUCGCUCGGGGACUCAAACCAGAAAAAAUUAUUGGCGCAACCGAUUCCAGUGGCCAACUUAUGUUUUUAAUGAAAUGGGAAAGUAGCGAUGAAGCCGACCUUGUGCCAGCAAAAGAAGCAAACGUGAAUUGCCCUCAGAUUGUCAUUGGAUUUUACGAAGAAAGGCUGACAUGGCAUACAAACCCUUCAGAUGAGGCCCAAACUUGAACAACAGUUUUUUCACGACGAAUCGUCGCUGAAUAAAAUAUUAAGGAGUCUACAGCGUCGUUAAUGGAUAUAAAAAAAGAUUAGUUUUUAACUCUACUCUGCUGAUGCAGUUUUUCAAGAAACUUUAGACGAAUUUCAUGAACUGUUUUUAUCCGAGUGUUAAGAAAUUGUAUUUUGAGGAUUCAAGCUAUAAAGGCAAAUGUUAAAAUUAAAAAAAAAUCAAUUGAAAAUAUAACAAAAAAAGUGACGAUUAUUACCCUGGUAUAUGAUCAUUGUUAGAAGCAAUAUUCGACAAACUAUUUCAAUAAAAGUUAGAAAAUUUAAAAAUAUAAAACAUACAUUUCCAUCAUUUUUUAAAAAUAGCUUUUUAAAAUUUCUCCUCUUUGGUUCAAAAACUUCGAUUUAGUUUAUUUUGCCGAAUAGACUUAUGCUGGGACAAGCACCGUUAGCCAAGCAAGGUAUUAACAAAUUAUGAAUACUGGGCCGAGAGGAUUUUGAUAUCAUUCACUAUUUCUUUGGUAUUUUUGUAAUACAUAGUGCUGUUUGAGAGAAAGUAGUGUUUGGUAGAUCAUUGAUAUGAUUCAUAUUUCACACUUUAUUGCAUCAAGCAGCGUUUCUCAAACUUUUUUGCUCCUGAACACCUACGCUUUUUAUCUCGCCUCGCGGAACAAUAAGAAAUGAAAAGGUUAAAUUGAUAUUAAAAAAAUUGGGUGCUCCCGAAGUAUGUGCACCAAGAUGACGCUCGACCUGAACAUAGUAUGUGUACCAGGUUAGGGUCAUCAGGUUGUGCGCCAUCUUGGUGCACAUACUUCUGGCGCGCCAAAAAUUGUGUAACGGAUUUACUUAGUGCAUCAACUUACACAACCAGCCUAUUCAAGGGCACAAAACACCUCGAAGAAGCUCACAGAACAUCAGUGUUUAAGGGAACACAGUUCGAGAAACAGUGAACUAGUGGAAUAAUUUACUAAAUAUUUUGUUAUAACCAGAUCUGGUUUGAAAUAUGAUAGCUCUCGAAGCUUCAUUUUGCAGUAGAGCUGGGCACGGUAGUUAUCAAUUUAUCGACAACUUCAAUGAAACAUCAGCCUCGAUGCAUUUUCACGGCAUUAGUAAGGCGCAUAACCAUAAUAAGAGGUAUUCAAAUUUUUAAAUCAGACUUUCAAUUACACAAAGUUAAUUUCAAACAUAUUUGUUAAUUAGUGUUGGAAAUUGAAUAAAUAAAAAUUAUAGCUGUAAAAGAACAUGGGAAAAAUCAAUGUUUACAAGCUCGAAACAUCAAACUUUUCGGUGGCUCCAGCCCUAUAUAUUCUGGUAAGCUUGGCUCUCUACAGCUCUUGCAAAAUGUUAUGUCCGCAGCUCCCUGGUUAUAACACACAAUGAAGCAUACUCACGCAUUCAUGGGUUUCGUAUAGUUUCUGAAAAUUUCACAUUCGCGCCCAUGUUGCAAAGAUAUAAAUGGUUUUUAGUGCUUCAGCUAUUGGUUGCAACUUUUCUGUUGAAAUUAUUACCACUUUUGAGUUGGAGGCAUAUCGCCUUGCUUUGAAUAAACAUGUAUAAAUCUUGUAAUGUAUUCAUAGUGCCAAUGAGUUUCCAUUGUAGCUUUUCCUGAUUAGAUCUCUAAGAUUCAUAUACAAACUGAAACAAAUACUUAGUCUAGGGCGCUUGCCAGUUAAAUAUAAAUCUUGACUGCUUGUCUGAAGCCUAUUUUCGAGCUAAGGUGUUUAUAAUCAAAAAUAUGUAGCAGGUAUUUCAGUUAGAUUGUUUCAUCAUUUCUGGUAAUAUAUCAUUUAUAUGGUCCGAUAUUUCAGGAUGACCCCCCAAAACAAUGGAAAACGGAUUCUAGAGGAACAUAGCUUUUGGGUACAAUCAUACACAGAAGUGUUGAAUAAAUUUUUGUAGAAGAAAUUGGAACUGUGUAGCAGACAUUUCAGUUAGACACUUAUCAUUUUCUGGUAUUGUAUAGCCCAAUAUUUCAGGGUGACCCCCACACACACACAAGCGUCCCCCCGUGAAGCGUCCAAGGUUGACUGGAACUCUUGGGUACAAUCAUACGCAAACAGAAGUGUUGAAUAAAUUUCAAUAAAAGUAAUCGAAAAAUUUUAUGACUGAAAAGCGGACAUUUCAGUUACAUGGAUUUAUCAUUUUUAGUAUUAUAUGGUCAUUCUGAACGUAUUCUAGAGAAAACAUAACUUUUGUUUGAAGCGUCCUAGGUUGACUGGAACUCUUGGGUACAAUCAUUCACAAACAGAAGUGUUGUUUAAUUUCCUUCAGUUUCGUUGAUGUAAUUGAAAAAUUUUGUGUGUUCUGUUUUUUGGGUCCCCUUUACUUUAAUGUACUCAAUCAACUGCCAAAUUCUUAGAUACACACUAAAUUACAGUGCUGGAAAAAGUCUUCUAUUUCUACUUUACACUUUGAGUUGUGCAUAUCAGUUUGAUUUGCAAAUUUCAUUCCUUUUCAAUGAUCCGAACAUGCUGAAGUUUUUGUAUCAUAUAUCCUCUCAUGGCCAUGAUCAGCGUCAAAAAAAAGGCAGAGAAAAUCAUAUGCAGGCGUGUACACUUAUUAUACCAAUUAUGUCUGCUUUUAUAUUAAAAUGCUUGAAAUUCAUCAUAAACCCUGACAUAGGCUAGAACUCUGGUUCAUAUUUUAAUGUUUCAUUUUAAGUUUGAAUUCUCAGGACAUAAGGUAACUCUAAUUAAUACUUUUCGACUCAAAAUUGGCAUAUUCUGUUCUAAUUCAUGUCUUUUUGCUGUAAUCAAGUCAAAUGUCCAGUGGUUGUAUCCGUAAUUUUGAUCAGAAAUGAGAUUUCUCAACUUUCGAGUGAAUUUUAUAAUGAGUUUGCUCCUUCACUUUCUGAGUUGUGCACACAACUUUACUCGGAGAUGAGUGUGCUAUAUUUCUUUGUAUGUGCCUGCAACUUUGCUCAAGGAUUAGUCUCCAUUACUUCUGAGUGUGGCUUUCCUGAGCAAAUAUCAAAAAAAAUAAAAUAUAUGACAUAACUUAGUAAUUUUUUGUAGUGUGCUUGUCUUUCAUAUAACGAGUACUAAAUCGAAUGAAGCCAACUUUUUAAAUCAUCUUACAGUUCUAGGCUUUUUGAAAUGACUUUGAAUUUACAGGUAAAUGUUAUUGGCAUGAACGUUUUUAAAACUGUUUCUCUUCUAUGGCCCAAGCAUGGUUUAUGAUAAAUUUCAAGUUCUUUAUGCCGUUCAUUUGGUUUAGUUUCUUGUUUGUAAAUAAAAAACCAGUUUUGUGUAA